AUGUAUUUCUAUCACGUGACAUACUGCAAUAGUUAAGUGGGACACAGGAAGUAUUCUAUCCUCUUUAGAAAUUGUUUAUAUCAUUAAGGCUAUCUGAAGGCACUGUUUGUGAACUUUUCCCCAGCUUUGAUUAGUGUUGUAAUUCGACAAAAGAAACAAACGUUCGAGGUUAAAAACAAAACUGUGUAGCUUUUCUUUGGGUAUUUUUCUUCCUGAAGUUCCUGUUACCGUGUCAUUUUCUGGAUAACGUCGAGUUUACACAAGAGGAUAAAGACCAAAAUGGCCAGUGCUCCUCCAAUUGAAGUAGUCAUGCCACUGACAGCUCCUCUUCCUCCAUCAUAUGAAGAAGCCAUGAAUCAUCCAUACCCUCACUGUUCACAGAAUCCUACAUACCCUCCCCCAGGGUAUGGGCCAAAGAAUACUCCAGUGUAUCCUGUCCAGCCUCAAAGUCCACCUGUAACAUGUCAUCCAGUUGUGUCUGUCCAGUCUGUCUAUGUGCAGCCAGGACUGGUGUUCUCAGAUCAUCCAGUGGUGAUGAACUGCCCUGCCUGCCGUCAGAUGAUUACGACCCAGCUGGAGUACAAUUCAGGGGCGUUGGCUUGGCUGUCAUGUGCAGGUCUUGCUAUCUUUGGUUGCAUUUAUGGAUGCUGCUUGAUCCCUUUCUGUGUGGACAGCUUGAAAGAUGUGACCCAUUAUUGCCCCAACUGCAAGAAUGUUCUUGGAGUCUACAAACGCUUAUAAUACUCUCCAGGACUCUUUUAUAGAAUGAUGAAACAGCUCAUUAAAAAGAAGAACAUUGUGUGUAUAAUUUCCUCACAUUCUCAUUUUUACAAUCCAUGUUUCUGUACCUUCUGUGCAUAUUGUAACCACAUACAUAUUUAUUUUGGUGGAUAUCUCUUUCUUUUUUCUUUUUUAAAGUAAAUCCACAUCUGAAUUGCAACAGGUGGAGAAGUAUACAAGUUAAUUCUAGAUGGUGGGCAUAUAAAAGUCAUCUUUAUAUGUAAGGUACCUUUAUAUGUAAAACAAUGCCAAUGUGUCAGCCAAUUUUGGUGAAUUAAGGAGCAACCUUUUUUCUUUGUAAAUACUUUUGUAUUGCUUACAUGCAUGCAGAUAUAUUGAUAAAACCAGAUUGAAGCUUAAAAUGUGAAGUAGUCAGACUAGUAUCAACAAAUGGUGAUAAUAAAGAAGAAAUAUGCUACAACAUUGAGUAACACUGCACAGCUACCUAUGGUUUUCUUGUUGAUAAUUUAUCCUCUAAGAAUCAAAUGUAAUGUAAUUUUAAUUUGGUUUAAAUUUAAUUUAAAUGUAAUUUAUGUUAA